AUGGGUUCUAAAAAGAGAUCGCAGAAAGCUGCCGAGGAUAGAGCUUCUAAAAGGAGAAAAGAGCAGGAUGCCUUGCUCGAAAAUGGACUCUUCACUAGAGAAGAUGUGGAAGACAUUGACGAUUCGAUACCCAAUAAAAAGUCCUGGGAUGAUGAGGAGCAAGAUUACGAAAUGAAGCCCAGAAACUUAGGUCAAUCCCAGGACCAUGUUGAGGGACUACCUAUCAAGGUCAAGGGUAAAGUGGAACGGAGAAUGAUGCUACCCGAAGUAAAAGAUGACAUCACAAAAGAGGAAGCAAAGCCAGAUCCCGAGCAAAGCCCUGCGGAAAUUGAGGAAGAAGAGCAGCCAUCCGUCGACACCGUCGAGAGCGUCCUCAAGCUGAAAGAAGAAUUAGCAGAGUUAGUAGAAAACUUGAUGGAAGAUGCAGAAGAAAAUAUUGGAAGUCUCACUCGUCUACGAAAGAUGGCUCAGUCGAAAAACUCUAACACAUGCAAGUUCUCCAUGCUGGCUUUGAUUCCCGUUUUCAAAAGCAUCAUCCCGAGCUACAAGAUUAGGCCGCUGUCUGAUCUUGAAAAGAGGGAAAGAGUUACCAAAGAAGUUGCCAAACAGCGUAACUUUGAGGAAAUGUUGGUUCAUAAUUACAAAGAAUAUGUGGACUUGCUAGGAGUACUUGCAAAGACCCCUAAUGGUGCAGAUCCAAUUCAAGUGUCUUUAGGAAAUUUAGCGACGAGCGCAGCAGUCGAAUUACUUCCAACAGCGUCUCAGUUCAACUUCAGCUCUGAAGUUUUCACAAUUCUCAUCCGCAGAAUUUGCAAACCCAACCCUCUAGCAGAUCCAAUCUACACUAAUAUGGUCAAGGCUAUCGAAACCUUACUGAGUGAUGAUGAUGAGGGCAGAAUUUCUUUUGAUAUCGUACGAAUCCUUUCUAAAACUAUUAAGACAAGAUCUUACAUGGUUGAAGAAUCAGCAUUGAAUAUUUUGCUAUCCUUAGAAGUGUUACAGGAUUACGAUCCUAACACGAAAGUGGAUGGACCUUCAAAAAUGAAAGUUAAGAAAAAGGAUAGGGUCCACAUUUCUAAGAAACAAAGAAAAGUACGGAAAGAGAUGAAGAAAGUCGAAGAGGAGAUGCGCAGAGCGGAAGAAACGGUUUUUGCUGAAGAACGAGAAAGAAACCAAGCCGAACUUUUGAAGCUGACUCUUUCUCUUUACUUGAAUAUUUUGAAAAACAACAAUUCUCAACUAAUCGGUGCCGUAUUAGAAGGAUUAUCAAAAUACGGGCAUAUGUCAAACUUCGAUCUCUUGGGUGACUUUCUUGAAGUUAUGAGAGAACUCAUAGCUACCAGUGAGCUUGAUAACCUUUCGUCCACCGAGACUCGAAAAGUUCUUUUAUGCAUUGUCACGGCAUUCUCCCUGGUGUGUCGUCAUAGUGAGAUGAAAGUUAAUAUGGAUCUUUCGUCUUUCGUGGAUGCUCUCUACGCAAUAAUACCAAAUCUUUCUCUAGACGCCGAUAUUGAAUACUCACAUAAAACAUUGAGAUUGGCAGACCCCCUUAAUAGCGAGUAUUGCAAACCUUCCGUCAACGUAUCAACAAAGGCCGAACUGCUGCUGAGAGCUUUGGACUACGUUUUCUUUAGGUCUAAAUCUGGUACAAAGACUCGCGCGGCAGCUUUCACUAAGAGGCUUUAUAUUGCGAUGUCUAGCACCCCUGAAAAAACUGGUGUAGCGCUGCUCAAAUUUCUAGACAAGUUGAUGAGCAAGUAUCCGGAAGUUGGUGGUCUUUAUUCAACUGAAGAUCGAAUUGGUAAUGGAGCUUUCCAGCUAGAGGCUGAAACACCAGCAAGAAGUAACGCGGAAGCAGCUACUAUAUGGGAGAACUCGCUCUUGCUGAAACAUUAUAGUCCUUUAGUUGUGAAAGGUACUAAAUCUAUGCUAGAGAAAUCGAGAGAAUCACUUAAGUAG